CCAUAAACCUAAUGCAUGAACAAAUUGCCAGUUAUAAACACGUUGAAUAUUUUCCUAAAAAAGUAAUUCGACGUAAAAAGCAGUACACUUAUUUCAUGCAUCUAAAUAAUCUGAAGUAAAAACCAAGCGACCGAAACUAAAAAGAAUUGUGUAGUUUAUUUUCGGAUUUGAUCAAUAAAAUUGUCCACUUCAAAGAAAGUUACGACUCGAAGAAAACUGAAACGGGUAAAGGUUUAAAUUGGCAAAGGUCAAUGAAUACUGAACAAAAAAUUCAUCAAUUACCUGAACGACUUGCUGAAAUGAAACCUUUAUCUGAUGAAGAAGGUGAAGAUGAUCAACCAUUAAGCAAAGAAGAACAACAAGUUACUACUGAAAUGAUCGAAAAAUGGGCUAAUCAACUUCAAAAAACUCAACCAACCUUAAAUAGUAUUCGACAUGUCCUACGUAGUUUUGGUUUAGCUGUUCAAUCUGCUUAUGGUGGAGCUGAUGUAUCAGCUGAUACUGAUGAUAAAACAAAGAAAAAGAAAAAGAAACAAUUGAAAACUGAUGCAAUUGAUGAUCCGGAAUCAUUUAAUGCAAUUGUUCGUGUAUGUUUGAAACAAUUAUUACCAGCUAUUUAUCGAUUUCUUCGUAUUAAACUUGUUACAACAAGUAAAUUAAAACCAGAAACAAGUACAAAUUGGAAAUAUAUUGAACAAAUUAUGAAAAAAUACUUAUUUAAUUUUACACGACUCAUUUCAAUGAUUAAUGUUUCAAGUACAUUGAAUAUUCUUCUUCGUCAUGUUCGAUCUCUUAUUCCAUUUGUUAUUAUUUUACCUAAUACACGUCAAGCACUUGUUAAAAAAAUGUAUUUGGAUUACUUGAAAAACUGCAAAUUUACAUUACCAACAACACUUCCAUUAAUUAAUUUUAUACAAAGAUCUUUAGUUGAACUUUAUUCAUUGGAUCCAACAGUUACUUAUCAACAUGGUUUUGUUUUUCUUCGACAACUUGCUGUUCAUUUACGUACAGCUACUCAAAAUAAAAAACCAGAAAAUAUUCAACGUGUUUAUAACUGGCAAUUUGUUCAUGCAUUAGGUUUAUGGACUAGUGUUAUUGGAGUAUUAUAUAAUAAUAAGGAAAAACUGAUUCAACAACUUGUUCAUCCACUGCCAGAGCUUAUUGUUGGUACAAUCAGGUUAGUACCAACAGCUCGUUAUUAUCCAUUACGAUUUCAUUGUGUUCGUCUUCUAAUAAAACUGGCUCAAUUGACACCAGUAUUUGUGUCUGAUGGUUUAAUGGAUCAGUUCUAUGAACUUGUUGUGAACUAUCUUGUUCAUUAUACUCAUCAUGUUACAUUUCCUGAACUUGUUUAUCCAUUAAUACUUAAAUGUAUAUAA